AUGGAUGAGUUGAGUGGUGUGAAUGAACUCAAGAGGGAGGCAUCGGUGGUACUUACUCUUGUCAUCGGUUGUCAUGUCUUUGAACAGCUAGUUGAGCCCAAAGGCGGACCUAACGGCUCGUCCUCUUCGACGUCGACACCGAAACCGAAGCCUAAAAUUGGUCCCAAAAGUAAAGUGAAGAGACCGGAAGAGUCGGUGGAAGUGCGACAAAAACCGCGAAUCGGACCCAAAAGUAAAGUCCAGAAAACUGAAGACUCGGAUGGUUUGCCACAAAAGCCGCCAAAACCUAAAAUCGGUCCCAAAAGCAAAGUGAAGAGAAGUGAUGAAGAUUUGGAUGAUUUGCCGAAACGGCCUAAAAUUGGACCCAAAAGUAAAGUGAAGAGAACUGAAGAUUCGGAUGAUAUGUCGCGAAAGUCAUCCAUUGAUUCCGAUUCGGACGUCGAGAUAGUGUCCGCGAGA